UGCAAAACACCUCCCGUCUCCUCGCUCCUCCCGUUUCUCCCCCAUCUCUCGUCCAUCAGCAUUCCACCACCUUUGGUUCAGAUCACCGCUUCUCAUCACUCCUGCCACUGGAAAUCGUGUAGUCGCGGUAUCUCAGAACGACCACCACUUGACCACUCUUCCCUUCUCUUCUUUUUUCUUGCGACUGCAGCCAACUUCGACAGUCGCGUGUCCAACUUGCCUCGGGACACCCUUUCUUUUGCCACUCACACCCGAAUCUUUCGUGUGUCUGUCGCGAUCAUAAUCACUGCUUAAUCCUCGCGAGUAUAUCACCGGUUUUUCUACGGUCUGCUCCCGCGACCACAACAUUUUACCACACCUUACAAAACACCGCAACCCAUAAUCAACAUGUCUGGAAAGCUUGACCAGGGUCUCGACGAGAUCAUCUCGACUCAGCGUCGCGCUGCGGGCGGCCGUCGCCAGAACCAGCGCCGCUCCACCGGCGGACGCCCUGCCACCACUGCUCCAGUCGGCGGCGUCAAGAAGACCACCAAGCAGCCCAAGGGUGCUGUGAAUAAGCAGGGUCCCGCCAAGGCGACUGGUGCCAAUGGAGACAGCAAGGUUGUCGUUAGCAACCUGCCCAAGGAUGUGAACGAGUCCCAGAUUAAGGAAUACUUCAACUCAUCCGUCGGAGCCGUCAAGCGGGUUGAGGUUUCUUACGGUCCCGGUGGUGUCAGCCGUGGCAUCGCCACCAUCAGCUUCAACAAGGUUGAUGGUGCCAGCAAGGCGUUCAGUGCUCUGAACGGCCUCCUUGUUGACAACCGCCCCAUCAAGAUCGAAAUCGUCGUUACUGGCGACAAGGCUGCCGCUAUUGUCCCGGCUGCGAAGUCUCUUACCGACCGUGUCAGCCAGCCCAAGACCCAGCCCAAGGCUCAGCCAAAGUCGGCUGCCAACAACAAGAAGAAGGACGCCGCCGGCAAGGCCGCUGGCACGGACGCCCGCCCCAACCGUGCUGGACGUGCGAAGAAGCGGAGCAGCUGCCCGGCCAAGAAGACAGCUGAGGAGCUUGACUCCGAGAUGGCUGAUUACUUUGUCGCGAAUGGCCAGAACAAUGACAACGCGGCGGCUACCGCACCUGCUGCGGCCGGUGGCGAUGCUGCCAUGGCCGAUGAGAUCCUAUAGAUGGAUUGACCUCGGCUGUCGCAGGUUUCUUCGAAUUGGCGUCGUGCCUCUUAGGUUUUUGUCUUGCAGAAAUCAUGGUUUAAUACAUCGUACACUUGACGUUCCAGGGAAGCAGCCAUUGUCACACGGGUUGAGUGCUUUGAGCUUGCAUAUAAGAUAGGGAGUGGAAUUAGGAACAAUUUGAUACCAACAUUGCGUGCUUUC